GGUCUGUCCGGCCUUCCUUUGUAAGGCAUGGAUUUCAUUCAGACGCUGAGAAAGUGAAUACCGUCACUGCUUUUAAGCUGUCCUCGAAAUCAAGGCAUAUAUAUAUAGGGCAUAUUUGCUGUUAACCUUUGGGCCAAGAGCGGUAUACACGUUUGGGCCAAAAGAAAGCGAGACAAUACAAUUCUACCACACCACUGAGAAGCAGUAAGGUCAAUCGAGCUAGUGAACAGAUAUAUCCAGCGUUAGUAGACAUACAUCCAGCAUCCAGAAAUAUGAAUUCCUUCGUCGUGUAUCUCUGUGUGGUUGCAGUUCUGAUGCGUUCACGGGAGGUGUCUGCUACUGAAAAGAUAAAGAUUGUGUCUGGCUCAAUGGACAAAAGAACGAAGGUUUUCCAGCAGCUCCAGGGACAACAACAUGUGAAAUCGCCUGGUUCCCUGGAUGGAGCAGAUCCUGAUGGUAUAUUCCAGCAUUGCACAUGCACCAGUGAUACUCAUGUCAACUGCGUGUGCCAAGGCAAGAUUGCAACAGGAGUGACUGCCUCCAUGGCAAUGAAGUACCUUCCACAAACCGCUGGUGUGGAUGUUGAGGUCAAAUGCAACGGGGACAUUUUCUUCGCCCAAGGCAAUAUGAACCCGGACGCGGAUGUCAACCACUGUGCUUUGGAGAAGGCGUGCGGGGGCGCUAACGUCAAAAUGUGCUUCCGGCUCUACCGCAUGACCAGUGCUGACGAAGAGGGCACUGCACCGCACGGCUGCAAUGACGUCACCGUUACCAUCAAUGGCGGCCAGGAGAUAGUCUAUACCGAGUGCAUGCCGGGAGCGGCCUGAGCAUUUAAUUUUUUUCGAUAUUAUUUGCUCACAUUUAUAAUAUUACGUGAAAUACAUUGAUACAUGGAAGUAGGCUAAACAUUGACGAAAAGGUAACUAUCUAAAUCAAAUGUCUUAAAAUAAACCUAAUUUGUCUUGAGUUUUGAACAUGUUUUAUGCGACCCGGUCUCAUUAGUAGAAUUUUGAAGAUAUGGAGGAAUAUUAAACACUCUCAAACCUUUGUAUCAUAACAUGCGGAAAGGUCACUUGAGUGGUAGCAGUAAAACGUAUUUUAAUAAUUCAUUUAACCGAUAUAUGUUUAACAAGGUCAGAGAGGAUCAGCUAGAAUAAUGAUUUAGUCAUUACCUAUUCUCGUAUAUUAUGUUGAUUGGUGACGUAAGACUGUUGCCUUAAAGUGAUACAAAUUCAAAGGUUACUAUAUAACUAUGCUCGUUUUGGCUUUUGUUGGAUAGAAAACAACGAACUCUAAACAAAACAAAAGAUAGAAAUGUCACUGUGUUUUUAAUUUGAACGAAAUGAGGGUUUCACCAAAGGGUAUACAAGACGAAUCGAGGUUUGUGCACGUUCGAAUGACAAUUAUGCACACGUUGCGUACACUGCUUUAUGAGAUAAGCGCGCGAAGCGAACCCUGCAGAAACACAGCAUGACCUCAUCCAUUGCCAGCUAAGACCGGUACACCCACGUAUAUAGGCCAACAAUUCGUCCACCGAGCUACUGAAUAAAAGUUAUACACUCAAAUUAUUCCAUAUUUAGAUAAUUCUCAGAGCCAUGCAAUUGGGAAAUCGAAGACAUAUGACACUGCACCUCUGGCCUGGACUUGGGGCUUCCAAUUCUGAGCAUUUUGGAUGUAAUUGGGUCCGAAAGCGGCGCAAUUUAGCCAUGUUGUGGAAGGAUCCUUUUUAAAAAUGGCAACUUUUCCAGUUUGAGAAACAUCAUUCGUUUUAGGAGUGGUCUUCUUUGGGUGAGAAUUUCUCCAAAAGUCAAUAAUCAAUUAUCCACCAAAAAUGGAAAAGAACAUGGAAGAUGACAUAUAGAUCAUCAUUUUUCUCUGCAGCUGGAAUACCUGUGAGAGUGUUGAAUAUUUUCAAAGGAAUUUUGAAGUAUGGAGAUUGGGUAUGGGUUUGUGUCAGUGGGCGGAACCUAGUGGGGAGGGAGGCAACAGCAUUUCAAAGGCGUCAGCAAGGGCGGAUCUGCAAAAAAAAUGUGCACAAAUAUUCAAAGGUCCGAUAGGACAUUGGCCGAUUAAAGCAUUUGAGAAAUGCCGGAACACUUUUAAGAGUUCUUAUUUAAAAAACAAAUGAAGCAUUUGGGACUUAUCGCUAGUGUCUAUGGGAUUUUUUUUUAUACUGGGGUGCACCCUGACGUACUCAAUGACCCUCGUUCUUUGUAGGCCUCAAGAGCGUCAACAGUUCAUUAUUUGUACAAACCUAUGCGCGAUAAUGUGCAUCAAAAACGUAAAUCUCCACGUUUUGAGUCAUGUUCCUUCGGAUUUGCUCAUGUUAAAUGUAUGUUAGUUAGAUCUAUAAUUAUCCAGUGAAUUAAAAUGGUAUAUUGAAAGAUGAUUCCAAGGUCUAUCGACAAAGUCAUGUCGUCGUGUGACAUCACUGCAUGACAAUUUCUGGCUCUACAUGAUCAACAAUCCGAUCUACUUAACCCUUUUAAAAUUAUAUCCGUUGGUAAAUAGAAAUAUUUAAAAUUUGUUUCACUAAAAUUAUGGUAGAUAUCGCAGUUAAUGUCCAUUAUUGCGUUGUCUUUUUGCAUGCUUGUUUUGAAUAUACAACCCAGCUUCAGAUUUGAACUUCAUAAUUUUUGUUAAAAAAAAACUAUCAAUCAGAUGGAUUUUUUUUCUUUUUUUUGCGUCGGGGUGAUGUAAAUCUAUAUUAGGUUUUGCCCUACACCCGAGUCCCACCGAGUGAUUUUUUUUUCCAACUUUCACUCGGGCGGUAACACAUUGAGUGUACAGUGUUUAUGCGUCGGUGUAGGGCAAAACUUAAUAUUGAUAAAGAAAAAAAUGUUGUUUUGCUUCAAACUGAAGCAAAAUAAGCCCAUUUUGUGUUCACCUUUGGAAGCUGGGAGUUACACUUUGUGUGUGUGUUUUUUGUGUGUGCACAUACCUCUUUAAUCUACAACCCUGGAGUACAUUAAAUGCAUAGUGUUAGAAGCAGC